UCUAUUUUCACUCAUUGCUUCCGGGUCUGGUGCAGAGUAAUGGGGACGUGACAACAAUCAGGGGAUGAGGAGAACAGCGCUCGUUUUCAAAGAUAAUUGUGAAUGAAUUGAUGACAGACGGGACAGUCCUCAAUGGUGUGCCGGGCAUGUCCUGCUCGCUGUAUCUGCCAUUGCAUGUUAGCAGUAGAAUGUACAUAUAGGUCUGUAUAGUGAGAGGGACAGCACAGGGGGGGGGGAUGAAUGCAGCCAGACAGACAGUCCAGAGGUCGGUGCAAGGCUCAGAAAAGCUUAUCAUUUGAAAAGGAGUGACCAAGAGUGUAAUAAAGCAGAUUCCAGUGCCCCAGCUGUUCUCUCGUCAACAUGAGACUGAAACUCAGGAAUAUUUUUCUUGUGUAUUUUGUGGUGUCCAGUGCUGGUCUUAUGUAUGCUCUGCUACAACUCGGCCAGCAAUGUGAUUGUACACACCCUGCUAAUGAUGUCUUAAGAAAGGAACGGUCACACCACCGUGGCAAAGAGAACUUGCCUAUUAUAUAUGUAGUAACUCCAACUUAUGCAAGGUCCCAUCAGCGAGCUGAGCUUAUCCGUCUAUCUCAGACAUUACUUCUAGUACCUGCCCUGCACUGGAUUCUAGUGGAGGACUCUGUGGAACGUACGGCGGCAGUGGCUGAGCUCCUGGCACAGAGUGACUUGCCUCACACACACUUGAAUGUUCAGACUCCACCAGCAAUGAAACUGAAAGACUCCGAUCCAAACUGGCUCAAACCACGUGGGGUGGAGCAGCGAAAUGAAGCGUUACGCUGGCUUCAUCAACAUCGGUCCCCUGGAGACCGCGGAGUUGUAUACUUUGCAGAUGAUGACAACACAUACAGUGUGAAAAUCUUUCAGGAGAUGCGUCAUACCCAGAAAGUGUCUGUCUGGCCUGUUGGGCUGGUUGGAGGUCUGAAAUAUGAAGCACCACUUGUUGAUCAUGGUAAAGUUGUUGGCUUCCACACCGCCUGGAAGACACACAGGCCUUUCCCUAUGGACAUGGCAGGAUUUUCAGUGUCCCUGUCGUUACUCCUAACCUAUCCGAAAGCAAAAUUUGACCCUGAUGCCGAGAGAGGUUUUCUGGAGAGCAGUUUACUGGGACAACUUGUGACCGUGAGCGAACUGGAGCCACGAGCGGAAAAUUGCACUAAGGUCUGGGUGUGGCAUACAAGGACAGAAAAGCCAAAGCUCAAGCAGGAAGAUUUGCUGGAAAAACAAGGGAGGGGAUCCAACCCCAAAAUAUUGGUGUGAUGUACAACUGUGUUUGACAAAUUGUAUGGCAGUUUAUAAUUGUGAGAUGUUUGUCCUCCAACGCCAGACAUCAGCUGCUCUUGUCAGAUAGAUAUAUAAUAUAUACACCAAAAUCUACAGCG